AGCACACAUGAGUCUUCCCAGAUUUCGACUCGUUCAGGGAAAGGCGAUCGGCGAGCGAUCAACGCCAGGAGUCAGCACACCAGAGCCGGCCCCUCCGCAAAUAAAGCAGGAAGUCGACUACCAAGAUGCUCAUCAAAUGGCUCCGGAACCCGUGGAAGCACCCCAGGCUCAAAACCAUCAAAUGCAGCCGCCUCGUCAACCUAUACAACAGCAGAUGCAGCAUUUUCAGUCACCAUCGCCAAUGGCUCCACAAGGGCCGCCCGGGACUCCACAAAACUCUGCAGCGGCGGCCGCCGCUGCUUCAGAUGACAAAAACGUGACAAAAUGCGUCCGCUUUCUGAAAACUUUAAUUAAUCUGUCGAAUAACGAUGAUCCAGAAAUGCCGGACAAGGCCGCCCGUGUCAAAGAGCUAAUUCGAGGCGUAAUUUAUCUGGAAACGACGGCUGAAGAGUUUACACGAAAUCUGCAACAAGUGCUCAAAUCUCAGGCUCAACCGCAUCUUUUACCAUUCCUUCAGAAUACUCUUCCGGCAUUGAGGAAUGCUGUUCGAAAUGGCACUGCAUCAGUUGAAGGCGUAAAUCCACCGCCUGGCUACGUUUUCAACAAUGGAAGAACCCCAGGACCCCCUCAGCCACCUCCACCUCAACAACAAUCCCAGCAGCAGCCACCACUAGAAAUGCGUCAAAUUCCGAAUCCGAAUCAAAUACCCCCACAAAUGGUUCAAGGGGGUCCCCAUAUGGUAUCUGUAGGCGCCCGGCCAAUGAUCAGGCCUAUGGGCCCCGGCGGCCCAAGCCCAAUGGGCCUACAAGGCCCCGUACGAGGGCCGAUGGGACAUCAGAUGGUCCAGAUGCAUCCUCCUCCCCCACCACAGCAGAUUCAACAGCAGCACCCGGCUCCCCCUGUAGAAAUGGAGGUGGAAGAGAAUUUACAGCCUACCGCGGCGGCCACGGCCACGAGGCAAUAUCCUGAAGGAUCGCUGAAAUCGUCGAUUCUGAAGCCGGAUGAGGUGCUGAAUAGGAUCACGAAACGAAUGAUGUCAUCGUGUUCGGUGGAAGAGGAGGCGCUUGUCGCGAUUUCAGAUGCUGUUGAGUCGCAUUUAAGGGAACUUAUUACACUGAUGGCCGGAGUUGCAGAACAUCGGGUGGAGAGUUUGAGAAUUCCGGAGAACUACGUGGCAAUUGAUGACGUCAAACGGCAACUUCGAUUCCUUGAAGAUUUGGAUCGUCAAGAGGAAGAAUUAAGGGAAAGUCGAGAAAAAGAGUCGCUAAUUCGAAUGAGCAAGAAUAAGAAUAGUGGAAAAGAGACGAUUGAAAAAGCGAAAGAAAUGCAACGACAAGAUGCUGAAGCGAAAAGGAAUCGAGAUGCGAAUGCGGCUGCAAUUGCAGCACUUUCCAGUAAUAAAACUGUCAAGAAUAAAUGGGAAAACACGGGCGCCGCAACGACAGCACCUCGUCCACGAACAGUACGUGUAACAACUCGUGAUCUACAUCUUUUAGUCAAUCAGGAUAGCCGAUUCACAGGAACAUUCAUCCGUGAAAAGAUGUCAUACGGUGGUCCGGCAGUCGAUACAACUAUCUGAACUAAAGAAAUCUCAUGGAAAAAGGAGCGAAAAUUCUGCUUUUCUCGUUUUCUUUUUUUAAAUUUAAUUUUAUUUUUCCACAAAUUAAAACAAUCACUUUUUUCCAGUCAAAUAAUAAUUAUUUCUCAUU